GUGUGUGUAGGCUAAAAAGGACAGAAUGAUGCAGACCGUGGUCCAGAUGAGAAGUACUCCUCACUAUGUGUGGUCUACAGCAGACGUGCUUGGGCAGGGGGCGACUGGCAGUGUGUUCAAAGGACGACAUAAGAAAACGGGAGAUCUGUGUGCAAUCAAGACCUUCAACCAGAUGAGCUUCAUGAGACCAGUGGAUGUUCAGAUGAGGGAGUUUGAGAUGGUCCUCAAGCUGAAGCAUCGCAACAUUGUCAAACUACUGGACAUUGAAGAGGAGCCGAGUACAAGACAAAAGGUUAUUGUAAUGGAGAUAUGCACAGGUGGAAGUCUGUACACCAUCCUUGAUGAACCUGAGAACGCCUAUGGUCUGGCUGAAGAGGAGUUCAAACUAGUGAUGAAAGAUGUUGCCGCUGGAAUGAACUACUUGCGGGAAAAGGGAAUAGUUCACCGAGAUUUAAAGCCAGGCAAUAUCAUGCGUUGUAUUGGUGAAGACAGCUUGUCCAUCUACAAACUCACAGACUUCGGUGCAGCCAGAGAACUGGAUGACGAAGAGCAGUUUAUGUCACUGUAUGGCACAGAAGAAUAUUUGCACCCAGACAUGUACGAGAGAGCAGUCCUGAGAAGACCCAUGGGAAAGUCGUUCAAAGCUACCGUUGACCUUUGGUCCAUCGGGGUCACGUUCUAUCACGUGGCAACGGGCAGUCUUCCCUUCAGACCAUACGGAGGAGCGCGGAGAAACAAGGAAAUUAUGUUCAAAAUCACAACCGAAAAACCGUCAGGUGCCAUCUCUGGGAUCCAGCAUACCGAAGAUGGCCGGCUGGAGUGGAGCAGAGCGUUACCAAAAACAUGCCUGCUGUCAAGGGGAUUCAAGGAUCUUCUGACGCCACUGUUGGCUGGGAUCUUGGAGUGCGACUCUGUGAAGAUGUGGAGUUUUGAAAUGUUCUUUGAGGAGGUGACGAAGAUCCUGAACAUGGAUAUCAUCCACAUCUUCAACAUCUCAACAGCAACGUCCCUCAGAGUCUACGUCAACCCAACAGACACAUUCGCGAGUGUCCAGGAGCUUGUAGCAGUACAAACCGACAUCCCGGCGGCCCGGCAGGAGAUGAUUUUUGACAGCUAUCACUUUGCCGUGAGCCACACGGACCCGGCUUCAACCUACCCGAAAACGUCACCUGAUAACCCGAUUAUCGUGCUGGACAACGUGCACACAGACUUCAGCAGGGCUGAGUAUAGGGAACUACCAAAACUACCCAGAUUUGGGACUUCAUUUUCCCUCGACAAUGAUGCUCCCUUGGCUAAAGUUUGCGCCAGUGUCGUGUUUGACUGUCAGCGCUCCACAGCGUCACUUCUUCUUCAGCAGAACAUCAUGAGAAAAGCCGUCAAAUGGUUCAUAUGUGUUAUGAGCAGAGAAACCGAACAGCUCCGAACUGACACCCAUCUUCUGGGGAUAAAGGUUACACAUAGCGACUUGGCCCUCAGGCGGCUCCUGGAUGAGCAUUCUCUACACAGUAAGAUGUUGGAUCUCCUCUGUUCGGGUACAUCCAGUAGCGACGUCCAGCGGAAAAGACUUGAACUGCAACAGCUUGUUGACGGGAAAAGGGAAUUUAUGCAGAAGAUUCUUGACGAAUAUGCAAAUUGUGAGAAACAGAUGAAGUGGGUUGAGGAGAGAAUUCUGGUAGAGGAAACACUUAAGGAACUGUGGAAGGACAAAGACACUGUUGGGACACAGGAGAAAGACCGCAGUGUUGAAAGGACGGCGUAUGUAUUGGAGAAGGUAGUUGCUACGUAUCUGCAGUUCAAAAAGGACAAAAGUCUGAAGAGACUGUCUUAUAAUGAGGAACAGAUCCACAAGUUUGAAAAGCAAAAGCUGAGCGCCAACUGCAUUAAGGCGGUGUCCGCCUACGCUGACGAGUUUGUUCCCAAGUUCAAACAUCUGUAUUCAGAAGUCGCCCGGUGGUUCCAGAAAGCGUUCCUUUACCGACAGAAGUUGGCGAAAGUUGUCAACCUUCUUGACAAAGUCUCCACCGCCAGCGACCAAAUGGCAGGAAAUUUGCAGCAGUCCGUACAGAAGCAUCACGUGAUCAUGAACAGCCUCCUGAGUUCCGACCCCCUGCAGCGUCCCGUGACGUCACACACCCCUCCCUGUGACGUCACACCGCCCGUGUCAGCACCUCCGUCUGUUGCCGCGUCAGAGCCUCUCAGUCAAACCGAAGUGGUGCAACUCCAGGCCAGUGUCCGUGCAGUGCGGGAAGAGAUCAGACUGUCUAUCGCCGAGGCCGAGGAGUCCACCAAACUGCUGAGACAGCUCGGCGGCUUGGGGCUGGAGAAUGGGAUCCAUGUGGAAGACGUGGCGCAUGGCUGAUCUAGAGAUUGGCCUCGCAGACUGGGCGUGCUGGGGAAAGUGUUUGAAGAACAAGUGAAGCUUCUCUGUAAAGUAAUCUCCAAGCUGAUCUUUUGGUGGCUGCAAAGACAGUAUCAAAUUGGCCAGGCUGUGUCCAUUUACCAUUAGCCAUUGGGCUGGCUUAAAAAAUAUACCAGUACAAACAAAGAGAGAGAGACCUAUAAAAAUGCCUGAAACAGGCCAGAAAUGAGGCAAAGCCUAAAUCUUUGCCAGAAGAGUAUCUCUAUGGCUCAAAAAACUUCAUGACACAUGAUGCAAUGUACAUGUUGAAAUUAUCAAAUUAGCAAGUGAUGAACAAUAAUUGUGUGUGAAAAGCUGAACUGUUGUUGAACAUGUCAGAGCCGGUUC